GUCGUCGAUCUCAACAGCACUACACUGCAGAUGGCAUCGAAGCAGUUGAUAAAUCUACAUUUAAUCGCUGGACAACUUUGUGUUUGGCAUGCUGAUGAAGUUGAAAUACUUCGUCGUGAACACCAUAUUGUGGGGUCAUUGAUAGGUGCUUUGCCUGGAGCUCCAAGGCAGAAUAUACAGCUUGGUCUACCUCUACAACUCAUGCCAGAAGAAGCAGCUGUGCUCCUUCAACAUGGAGUUGGUAAACUUGUGACGAUGUCGGUAGCCAAACCAAGUAAAUACCAAGUGAAGGCUUUCAACCAACAGAGGAUGGAUUCUAUCAAAGAACAGAAACGUCUGUGGCAAGAGCAUGUCUUGGAACAGAGGAAUCAGCUGAGGGAGGUGAUUGAAGAAGGGAGAAGAAGAAAGAAGGAACAAAGGAAAAAGAUGGGAAAAGAGUUGUCCAAGGGAACAGGGCAAGAAGAAGGAGACGAUCCUACUGAAAAGAUGGAAACUAAUGCUGAGGGAAAGGAGAAGGAAGCUGGAGAAAUAAAGCCUGCAGAGCAAAUGAAAAUCAAGGGUGAUAUAGGAGAGGUAGAAGGAGAAGGAAAUGAUAACCUAUUGGUGAACGAGGAAGGCAUGGAUGGAAGCCUCCACUCUUUGGAUGAACCAAUCGUUGAAGGAGAGAAUGAUAGAAAAGAAGGAAUGAGUUGCAGCAAUGAAAGGGCUGGAAACCAAGCAGCGGAAGAAGAAGCAAACGGGGACAUUCCUCGAGGUGAUGACCGUGAGGCUAGCAGGAAGGAAGAUGGGACAUUCCAGGACGAGGGAUCAAACAUAGCAAGGACUAGAUCUUCUCCGCCUCAGGAUAAUGGAGUACCAGAGGAAAAGCAUGAUGCAAGUUCCGAAGUAAAGAGGAACGAUGGAAGUGAAAGGUCUCCUCGUGAAGUCAGUGAGUGCUGUGCUGAUCAGGAGACUCCUGAAGAUUGCCCAAAGAGAUCGAUCAUGCAGGAGGAGGAGGAUAACGUCAAAGAAGAUGGCUGCUCAGUCCAACUAUUUAUAGCGGAACCACCAGACAGCAAGUUUAUCUUGGAAGCACCUCCUAGCGCCUGGCGAUACCCUUCUACUGAGAGAGAGAUUCUCAAAUAUAGGGUGUUCCGUCAUUUCUGGGAGAUGGGAUACUACCUGACAUCCGGCACCAAGUUUGGUGGAGACUUCUUGGUUUAUCCAGGUGACCCAUUACUCUUCCAUUCCUACUUCAUUGUAGUGUGUAUACCCUACCAUAAACAACUAACACCACUGGAACUCAUCAGCCAUGGUAGGUUAGGAACUUUUGUCAAGAAGGCUGUUGUCCUUUGUUCUGUCAAUAAUCAGAAAGAAGUUGUCUGUACCUCUCUGCAGUGGGCUGGUAUAAGUUGAGAAUGUUGAUUGAUCUGCUCGUUAGUAUUAAAACACUGCAGAAGCACCCUAGAAGCACUGAGGAACCACUCUGGAAACACUUCAGCAGCACUGAGGAAGUAACAUGGAAGCAUUGCAGAAGCACCCUGGAAACACACCAAAAGCAUUCUGGAAGCACUGCGAAAGCACUCUGGAAACAUUUCAGAAGCACUCCAGAAGCACCCUGGAAGCAUUGCAGAAGUACUCCGGAAGCACGCUGGAAACACUUCAGAAGCACUCUGGAAGUACUGAGGAAGCUCCCUAGAAGCAUUGCAGAAGUGGUGUGGACACUCCAGAAGCAGUCAAGAAGCUUGUGGAAGCACCUUUGUAACUCUUCAGAAGCAAAGCAGAAGCACUGCCAAAUACCCAGGAGUCACUUUUGAAGAAGCUUUUAGCCUUGAGAUUUUUUAGUGAUUGUCAUCUGUCCCAAAUGUCACUCUUCACUGAGGUUCUCUACUUGGUGUUCAGUAUUAACAAUGCCUUGAAUCACUUGAUGAUAUUGACCCAGAAGGCUAUUCUAUUGGUGCAAUAUUCAUGCACGUGUGUGAGCGCCUUGGUAGCGGUGCAGGAGACUCAAGGUUAUUUACAACAGCACAAGGCUAGUGCUUUUUCAUAACAUUAUCACUAGCAUCUCAAACUGGAACAAUUGCAUUAUUUGUUUUAUUUACAAAAACUAUGCAUAGGUGAAAAAUCAGGUCAGCAAACCUUGUCUCGGUGUGUAGCAUGUGUUUGCCAAGCUAUAUCGCAAUGGAAACUUACAUUUUUCCUAAAAGAUCUGCUUUUUACAGUUGCCUUCGUAUAUUUUAUUAAUGUCACCAAAGAAAAUGGAAUGUGAUGUUUAAAACACCAAAGAACAGGGAAACUAGCAUUUUAGAAAAUGGCAAAAUGGGUAUAUAUA